CUUCUUCAGAACAUUUGAGGUAUUUGCAUGCGUUUACUUUUUAAUAGGAUGAAUGUUUGAAUCAUCGGAAGAUAUUUAUUUUGUGUUAUUUCAAUUGCGUGCAGAGAUAUUAAAGCGAUGAGGGAUUCUGAUGAUAGUGAAGCGAGUUCAGAUACCUUCAUUCUCAGUGAAGAGAGCAGCGAAAACAAUUGUGAGAGUGAAGGCGAUUCACAGAGCGAGGUGAUUGGGGUAUAUGAUUUAAUUGUGCAUCAUAGUGGGGUGUUAGGAGAAUGUUCGUAUUACGAGGGAAAACAGUUUCUGGUAGGGGAUAUAAAUGGCAGGAGAUUGACAAUGAAUACCCUAGAUAGGUUGCUGGCCAGAAAUGGAAUUAAGGGAUUAUGUAGGUACCACUGGAGGGAACAUAAAAAGCCAUUUUUUGGGGGUCUGAACAUUCUACAGUUUAAUAAGGAUGUUGCAAGAAUGUCAAGGGCUGGGAGUCUUUACGGUUCAGUUCAUUUAUACAUCGAGUACAUAACAAAAGAAGAAAUAUUGAAGAUAGGUAAUGAUCUGAAAAGUGCUCCCAAACCUCCUCCCAAACCUAGGCUUGUUUUACAGGAACUUGAGGAUGACACAUCAAUACCUUCUCACACAAUGGGGGCCAGAGGAAGUUCUGUGGGAAGUGUGUUAGCUAUAUGUUGGGUGGAGCAGGAACAGAGGUCUGAAAACAUUAUUGAGGGGAUAAAUGAAAGGGUAGAUGAGAUGGUUGAGGAUGUAUCUGCAGUUCCUCUUUCCACUGAUGGAGUUGUCAAUGAUGUUGAGAACACAGUUGUGAAUGAUGAUGAUAUCACUGCUUCCAAUGAAGCACACAAUGAAAGGGUUGACUGUGGAGAUUAUUUUGUUCAGAUCCUGAAUUCUGAUGUGCCUUCUUCAUCAAAUGGGGGUGUAAAUGAGAAUUGGGACUUUGUUGUAGAUAAUAUGGGGAAUGAUGCUGAGGAAGUGGAUACCCCUGAUGGGACUGAAAAAGACACCUCUGAGAGAGUUGAAGCUGCAGAUGAAGUUCUGGUUGAGGAUGAUGAUGAGGAAGUGGAUACCCCUGAUGGGACUGAGAAAGACACCUCUGGCAGAGUUAUACCUGAAGCUGCAGAUGAAGUUCCGGUUGAGGAUGAUGAUGAUGAUCUAUAUGAUGCUGACUAUUCUGUAGAGGUAGGGGACGAGGACUUCUGUGCAAAUACUGAAACUCAUGUGGAAUUCAAAGAUGAAGGAAGAAGGCGUGGCAGGCCAAGGAACAAGCAAGAUCAAAGUUCCAGUGAGCAAAAUUUGCAAUUUGAAAUGCAAAGUGAUUCCUCUGACUAUGCUGAGUCAGAUGAAUUACUCACAGAAUCAGAUGAGGAAAAUGCACAGAGGGAGAAGAGGUACCCUUCCUUUAAUGCAAAAAGGGAAAUGGGAAAGGGUGAAUUUAAAUUGGGAAUGUUGUUUAAGAAUGUUCAGGAGUUUAGGAGAGCUGUCAAGGAGUAUGGAAUCAGGUCAAGGUGGCAGAUUAAACUUCGCAAAAAUUGCAAGGACAAGGUUCAAGUGAAAUGUGCUCAAGACUGUGGGUAUUCAAUCUUUGCAUCUUGAGCUCACCCUAAGGACCCACUAGACCCCACCUUUCAAAUAAAAACUGGGUGUUUUG